AUGCAGAGCUCAAGGCCACUAGCCAGCAUAUUCCACACCUGUGACUCACUCUUCCCGGUUCCUGUUAAGACCAAAGGCAAAUAUGGGGUUCCUGAGCGGGAAACAGAGAAGACCUGGGGCUUCAGGGUUGUGGAACCUCUGAAGAAAGACGACUAUCUGGUCAUUCUCCCUGUGCCCAAACAGAAGCUUGCAGCUGCUGAGGAAAAGCUUCCAGAUGUCAAGGCCUGGAUGGAGACUGAGGACAUCCUGAGCCAUUUUCGGAGCCCCUAUCAGGGUCCAGAACUGGAUCUUGACAGCCUAUACCACCCCAUGUCUGAGGAGAUCCAAGACAAGGAAGAGCCCAAGUUUGGGGCAAUACUUUAUCAUCAGGCACUCCAGGGACCAGAGGAGGAUCUUGACCACAUCUCUCACCCUAUGUAGGACUCCAGUGGGCCCUAA